UAAAAUAACAACACCAGGUUUAUUGUCAUACAAGUUUCAUAUAAUAUCAUAAACAUAGCUAAGAUUCUAUUUAAACCCGCUUAAGAAAAGUGUACACGCUAACGGUACAAUCUAAAGACUACAUCACCCAGCUCUGCGCGCUAUGAAACCGAGGCAGCGUAAACAGUACUUCAGGAACAUGAAAAGAUCGGAUGACAGUGAGAGGGAAAAGAGGAGAAAGAGGCGGAGGCUUAUACAGGAACUGGGAGAGCAGAGGAUUCCCUACCUUUCUCCUGCAGACCCAGGAUUUCAGGAACUGUGGGACUCCAGUUAUGCAGGACUGGCUUUACGACAGUCUAGUGCCCUGCCAGAUGGUCUCCAUGAGAGAGUGCAGUCUGCUUUGAUAACUCUUCAGCGGUGUGGAUGUCUCCUCCGAGAUCUUGUCCGAGUCCGAGACCGGGACAUCUUCACAGCCGUUUCGCGUGCUCUCGUGGGUCAGCCGGGCUACACAUACCGUUAUCUGAACACCCGUCUGUUCACCAUCCCUUGGCACUGUGAGGGAGAAGAAGGCCAGAAAGAUGAGAAAGAGAAACCUUGCUGUGACUCCGACCUGAGGGAUGCUUGCAAAGCAUUGUGGGAGCUCAAUCAGUUCUUUUGCUCAGAUGUGACGCAGCAGACAAAUGCAAGAGGCGUCAAGCGUUCCCGCAGUGACACCGAAAACAGUGAAGACACACCAGGGGAGGGGAUGUGCGAAGAGAGUGUUAAGGACAGGUUACUUGAGAAGAAGCAGGAGAAAGAGAAGAAGGAGGAAGAGGAAGAAGACAGCGGUCAGGGCUGCUCUCAUUCCUCACCUCCUUCAUCCACUCCGCCACCUGAUGUGGCCAGCCUAGUUCAGUUUAACAUGACCCUCAUCAACUACAUGGACCCCACAGCCAUGACCCAGCUGAAGGAAGAGCCCUAUUAUGGAAUGGGCAAGAUGGCGGUCGGUUGGCAUCAUGACGAGAACCUGGUUCCUCUGUCACCAGUUGCUGUCUACAGCUAUAGCUGCCCAGCGGAGCCAAAGAAUAAAGGGGUGACUGAAAAGGAUGGGGAGGAACAGAGUAAAGACAAAGAAAAAGAAACAGAGACAGAAGGUGAAGGAACAAGUAAAGAAGAACUAAAGAAAGAAAGAGAAGGAUUGGAAAAGGAGGAAGUGCAGAAAGAGAAGGCUUGUUGGCGUGUUGGACUGAAGGUGGCCUGGGACAUCCACACACCAGGUCUGGCUUUGCCUCUCCAAUCUGGAGACUGCUACUAUAUGACAGAUGAUCUGAAUCGGACACAUCAGCACUGUGUACUGGCUGGUGACACGGCUAGAUUUAGCUCCACUCACAGAGUCGUACAGUGUUGUACAGGAACGCUGGACUACAUACAGAAACGCUGCUCAGAGGCCUUGAAGAAUUUACACACCGACCCUGAGAAGAACACCAAGAGCCUGAAGUCCCUCCUCCCCUCCACUCUCCAGCACAUUGAGGACAUCCACAACGAGGUGGAGUUUGAAUGGCUGAGGCAAUACUGGUUCCAGGGCCGACGUUACGCUCGAUUCUGCAGCUGGUGGACUAAACCCAUGGAACAGAUGGAGAAAGACUGGAAGGAAAUGGAGCGAAUGACUCAGCUGCUGCUGGAUGUGGUGGAGGAUGAGAACACGGCGCAGGAGAACAGAAGAGAGAUGGCAGACGUUUUACUGAAUGCCCUGACGGACAGACAGCAGCACAGACAGACAUGGAGGGACAGAUGCCAGUCAAGCCUGGCACAGGCCUUGGCUGCUGAGGAAGCACCUGCCGACCAACCCUAUUGGAGUAAUGAAGAUCCUGACAUGCCCCUCCCCUUUGACCUCUCUGAAAUCAUCAGCCGCGUUGAGUCACUUCUCUGGAGGAUGUAAGGUAUUAGCAAAGGAGGGAGAUAAGUGGAGAGAAAGAAUGUUAUGAGGUGGAUGUUAAGAGAUAGAGGCCGGGAUGGAGAUCACAGGUGACAAAAAACAAUACAACACACACCUGUUUAGUUUCUCCUUUCUGGCCCAUCUUUGCCUGAAGACCAACAUUCACCAUUACACACACCACACUGAGACCCACUGGGAUGAAUGGACGGAUAUAAGGAUGGAUACAGGGGUGGAUACGGGAUGCCAUCUGGACUGGGCAUUUUAUUUCCUAUUUCCAUCAGUAUCAUUUACUAUCACUUUAACAGAGUCCGUAGUGUAACAAUGCCCAUGCAUAGACACAUAUCAGUAGUUGCAUAUGAUACCUAUCCAUAAAUAUAUAUAUA